AGGACCAGGACUACUUUUAUGACUUUGGCCAAAAGUGACCAAGUCCUUAAAACAGAGGAGACUGGUUUUCUUUCUCUUGGAGUUUCUGAAACAACUUGUAAAGCACUUGUUGAUGCGUUUGACAUACAUAUUCCUACAGCCAUUCAACGCAAAGCCAUUCCUGCUAUAUCAGGUGGUGCCAACGUCAUAGUUGGUGCCGAAACAGGCUCUGGUAAAAGCCUUGCGUAUUUAAUUCCCAUCAUAGAAAGGCUUAAACUGCAAGAGGAAUUACAAUCCUUUAUUCGAAAACCAAAGAAACCUAGAGCUUUAGUAUUUGUUCCUACGAGGGAGUUGGGCGAACAGUUACUAAGAGUAUUGAAAGCUCUUUCUCAUCACAUCAAGUUCAGAGCAGUUUCAUUAUUGGGUGGACGACUUAGUUUUGUUCAACAGAAAAAGUCUUUGGAAGAAAAUGUUGAUAUUGUUGUUUGUAGUCCAAGUAGACUAGUCAAGCAUGCUGUAUCAGGGAACAUAUAUUUUGGCGAUAUCCGUUUUAUUGUGUUGGAUGAAGUAGAUGCCUUAUUAGGAGAUGAUUUUGUUCGGGAUUUGGAUGUUUUACUAGCAAAGUUGCCAAAGAAAGAAGAAAAAAUACAGUUUAUUGCGGUUGGUGCCACACAUCCCAAGCAGGUCUUUCCUAUUUAUGAAAAAUACUUACCAAAUGCAAAACUUGUCAACGAUAAACUUCAUUUACUACCUGUGAAUACAAAACAUGUUUUUGUGAAUAUUCAAGGUGAUGAUGCUACUCAGGAGUUGAUAAGUCUAUUGCAACAAGAAGAAGAGAAAGAGAAUCCUAGGACUUCCAAUCGUAUCAUAGUGUUUUGUAAUACAGUUGCAAGUUGCCGGUUUGUGGAACAUUAUUUAUCGGAAAGAGGUUAUCAUACAAUCAAUUAUCACGGAGAAAUACCACCAAAGAAGAGAAAGGCUUUGUUUUCCGAAUUCUUAACCCAAAAACAUGUCAUACUGAUUUGUACAGAUGUUGGAGCCAGAGGUCUAGAUAAUGUUUCAGUAAAUUUAGUGUUGAACUUUGAAUUUCCAACUUGUGUGGUUGAUUAUAUUCAUCGUGCUGGUAGAACAGGACGUGCUGGGAAUUCAGGUAAAGUAGUAAGCUUCAUUCGAAAGAAGGAUCUAUCGUUGGCUCGAGCCAUAGAAAGCGGUAUCUCUCAGAAAAAGGAUCUCUUAGAGUAUACUGCACAGUUGAAAAGGAAACCAAACUGAUCAAAUCAGUUCACUGAUAUUUUAAU